AUGAGUAAUAGACAUCGAAGUGAUAGGGAAAGCAAAAAUGAAAGAAGUACAAGGAGAGGAACUUAUAGAAAUUCAAAUCGUGCAAAUUCAGAAGAACUAAUUAAUAUUUCAUCAAAUAAUGAAGGAUUGGAAGUGUAUUCAAGUUCAGGAAGUUCAAAUUCAAUGGAAAGUGAUAUUCAACCAUCACAAAUAGUAUAUAAUAGAUCAUCAAGUAAUAGACAUUUUCAAAGACAAAAUCAACAUGGUAGAUCUGGUGGUAGUGGAAAUAAUCAUAAUAGAAAUCGAGCAACUGCUAGAAUUGUAGGAACAUCUGAAAAUUCAAAUAUAAUACGUGAAGGUAAUGUGAAUAUUAAUAGUAAUACAAAUCAUAUUUCAUCUGAUAACAGGAUAGAAAGUAGAUCUGUAACUAGAAAUAAUGAAGAACCAGAACCUAAAAUAGAACGAAAAAAUAAUAGUAGAAUUGAUGAAAGAAUGGAUUUUAGAUCUAGUGGUGAAAGAAGUAAUAAUAGAAGUAAUUAUCAAAUAUCAGAAAAUAUUGAUAAUCAUGGUGAAGGUGGUAUGAAUAUAACUAUUGAUGAUUCAUCAAUAGAUGAAGAUAGAAUGGAUAUAUUGAAUGAAUCAUUUCCACUAUCAAGGACAAUUGAUCAAUCAGAAAGUAGAAAUAAUUCAAAAAAUAUUUUAAAAAAUGAUAGAACAAAUUUUACAUCUACAAUUGAUGAAUUAAGAACAAGAAAUGAUAUUACUUUAACAAAUAAAUUAUUAUUAGAAAGUCUUAAUAAACCUGUACCAGCUUCUGCCGAUGUUUUAAAUGCUUUUGAAUGCCCUGUUUGUAUGGAAUAUAUGGUUCCACCAUUAUAUCAAUGUGGAUCUGGACAUUUAGUAUGUGGUUCAUGUCGUCCAAAACUUAAUUGUUGUCCAUCUUGCCGAGGACCAGUUCCAAACGUAAGAAAUUUAGCUAUGGAAAAAAUUGCAGCAACAAUAUAUUUUCCCUGUAAAUAUAAUGUUAAUGGAUGUAAUGAUGCAUUUUCUGCCUCUGAAAAACUUUCACAUGAAGAAGGAUGUGAAUUUAGACCAUAUUGUUGCCCAUGUCCUGGAGCAUCAUGUAGAUGGCAAGGUGGUGUAGAACAUGUUAUGCCUCACCUUAUGAAAGCUCAUCGUUCCAUUACAACACUUCAAGGUGAAGAUAUUGUUUUUCUUGCAACAGAUAUAAGCCUUCCAGGUGCUGUUGAUUGGGUUAUGUUACAAUCAUGUUAUGGUUGUCAUUUUAUGCUUGUUUUAGAAAAACAGGAAAAAUAUGGAAAUACAGAACAAUUUUAUGCUAUCGUCCAACUUAUUGGAUCUAAAAAAGAAGCGGAACAAUUUAUUUAUCGAUUGGAGCUUUCAAAUCAAAAAAGACGUUUAUGUUGGGAAGCGGCACCAAAAAGUAUUCACGAAGGUAUUGCCUCCUCUUUAAAUAGUUCAGAUUGCCUUUUAUUUGACUCAAAAUUAGCAAAGUUAUUUUCUGAAAAUGGAAAUUUAGGAAUUAAUGUUACAAUAACUAAGGUUUAA